UAUAAAUCACUGAAAUAAACAAAAACAAUCAAAAAAAAUUUAGGAAGAUUCUCACUUGGAUCUGAUCAUGAAUGAUUUACCCUUUCAUCUUCUCGACAAUAUUCUUUUCAGAUUGGAACUCAAAUCUCUAGCGAUGAUGCGAUGCACUAAUAGAUAUAUCAAUUCGCAUAUAUCCGACGAUCCGGAUUUUGAAUCUGAAUACUCUUUCCGGGUUGGAUCCAGUUUGUUUCACCUCAGCAGCUUUGGCGCCCAUUACGUCUUCUGUAAGUCUUUCUCUUCCUACGAUUCUACGUCAACGGGAAAUGAAGUAGAGCUAUUUAAAGAGCCAUGUUACAUUUUCGGCUCAUGCUCCGGCCUUCUCCUACUAUACAUCGGUGAUCUUUUUGUGGCAAACCCACUAACAAAGAGGUUCCGAGUCCUGGAUCACUCAGGGUCAAAACUUAUGUCCAAGAUAGUUGGUGGUGAUCGAAUGAUAUUUUUGGAGAUGGAAACGGUGUACGCAUUCGAGAUCAGUGACGGAUAUAUUUGGAGGUUAUCGGAAACGACGGUCACCACCACCUCCAAAAGUGAUCUCACGGUGUGGAUGAAACCCGUUUACUUGGACGGCACUCUUCAUUGGUUGAGAAACGACGGUAGCAUCAUAGCUUUCAAUCCGGAGACAGAGCAAGCACGCUUGAUUUCUUCCAUAUUCCAUGGUGGAGAAACGGAUAUGAAACCAUUUUUCGAAGACAAGAAGAACAAUCGUUUAACCUUAAUAACAGGGACGAAAGAAAAUAUCUCAGUUCACACACUAAUAGAAAAUUCCAAGUGGACCCUCACCAAGCAGAUAAUGAACGUAUCUAUGGAAGAAAGAAAUUUGUAUGCUGGAACGUGGUUGCGUAUGAUGGCAAGUAUCUUGUGGUGAGGGAGAUGAAGUAUAAUACUUUCAAAGGUGUGGUUCAUGCGUACGACACGGAAGCUCACACUUGGAGAGUUUUUGGUUCAAUCUGGUAUUCG